UGCGAAUGCGUGGUUCUUCUUCGUCUUGAAAAGGGGGAGGUAGUUAACACAUCUGGCAACCCGGAGUGAGUUUUUGGCUACAUCACAGAGGCCUUCGAGUACGCUACCGGCGUGUUCUCAUUGUACGAAUUAACCAGGCAAGGCUUCUAUCCAGUAAUGGCUGAUGAGGGCUACGUUGUACGAAUCAGGGGUCUCCCUUGGUCCUGUUCGGUGGAUGAAGUCCAGAGAUUUUUCUCCGAUUGCAAAAUGCUGGGUAACGGCGGCGGUGUCCACUUCACCACUACACGAGAGGGUCGUCCCAGCGGAGAGGCAUUUGUCGAGUUGGAAACAGAAGAAGACCUUAAGAUAGCCCUGAAGAAGGACAGAGAAACUAUGGGGCACAGAUAUGUGGAGGUUUUUAAAUCCAACAAUGUGGAGAUGGAUUGGGUCAUGAAGCACACCGGUCCAAACUGUCCGGAGACAGCAGGAGACGGGCUCGUGCGGUUGCGAGGUCUCCCCUUUGGCUGCAGCAAGGAGGAGAUUGUCCAGUUUUUCUCAGGGUUGGAAAUCGUGCCAAAUGGGAUAACAUUGCCGGUGGACAUCCAGGGGAGGAGUACGGGGGAGGCCUUCGUGCAGUUUGCUUCACAGGAUAUAGCUGAAAAGGCUCUAAAGAAACACAAGGAAAGAAUAGGGCACAGGUACAUUGAGAUCUUCAAGAGUAGCCGCGCUGAGGUGCGAACCCAUUAUGAGCCCCAGCGCAAGCCCAUGGGCAUGCAAAGGCCGGGCCCCUAUGACCGGCCGUCUGGCGGCCGCGGCGGCGGCGGCGGCUACAACAUGAUGGGCCGGGGCGGAUCCUAUGACCGAAUGCGCCGCGGAGGCUACGGAGGAGGUGUGUCGAGUGGACGAAGAUCUGAAAUCAGAUUUGGCGUGUCGGACGGCCGCUACAAUGACGGGGGCUCGUCCUUCCAGAGCACAACGGGCCACUGCGUCCACAUGAGGGGGCUGCCGUACAGAGCCACAGAGUCCGACAUCUACAUUUUCUUCUCCCCAUUAAAUCCAGUGCGGGUGCAUAUUGAGGUUGGACCGGAUGGCAGGGUAACAGGGGAGGCCGAUGUGGAGUUUGCCACGCACGAGGACGCCGUGGCAGCCAUGUCCAAAGACAAAGCCAACAUGCAGCACCGCUACGUGGAGCUGUUCCUCAACUCAACAGCAGGUGGCAGCAACGGCGGCUACAGCAGCCAGAUGAUGGGGGGGAGCCAGUCGUCUUACAGCGGCGGACAGCUGAGCUCAGGCUACUCGGGUGGGUACAGCAGCCAAGGAAACAUGGGCGGCUACAGCGACUACAGUAACCAGGGCGGCAUGGGAAGCAGUUACUAUGGCAGCGGAGGAGGCGGCGGUAGCAGAAGCUCUAUGAAUGGACUCGGCGGGGGCUGGGGAAUGUAGAGGUUUUUUUGUAAGCAUUGUACCUUUUUCUCUCCCCCCCCCCCGUGCUCAUUUGUUUUAAUUCAGCAUUUUGCUGCAAGGACUGGAAAUGUCUCAGCGGUAAACACGGGAAAGGUCAUGGUGAGAUUUUGUACGUAGCGAGAAAUGGGGUUGGACGUUUUUUUUUUUUUUUUAAAUGUGUCCAAGAGGAAUUGCUCACAUCCCCACUUCAAGUUCGCUCCAUUUUCGACCCUGGAUUGUUAAAAUACCCCCCCAACAGUUGUUUCCCCAAAGGCAACCCAUUUUGUCUUGGUAGUGUUCUUUUCUAUGUCAGAGUGCAUGAACAAUAUGGGCAUUUUAGACAUUUUUCUUUUACAUCUAAUGCUUUAAUUUAGUUGUACAAUAAUAAUCUGAAUUCGGUCUUGACAUACAGCAUGUUUUUAAGGUGCGACUGCUGACAGGGUACUUUUAUCUUGAUGGAAACCCUCUCGGAAGCAAGUCCAUCUGCAAUCUGCUGUCAUGAAGGUUUCUUCUGCGUCUAAUGACAUUUGUAUUUUCUGUGAGCAAAGUGAAUAAACUAGUUGGACUAUGUCAUGGAAA